UAGGCGUCACCACGCGCGCGGGAAGGCCUUGGCCCCGCAGGGCUGAGAGGCGUCAGCAUCUCUCUCCCUCCUCGGCGCUGUCCCCCAGCGCCGGCUCACACCUGCCCCCCAGCCCCCACCGCUGUAGCUGCGGCGCGGCGGGCGGGCGUUUUCACCGAGUGCGGCGCGGACGCGUUGCGGUGGGCGGUGGGCGGUGGGCGGUGACCGCCUGCGAUCCGGGGCCUCCGCCGGGUCGCGUCCAUUAACCUCGUGCGGAGCCCGGAACGCGAAGCCGCUCUGGGAAGGACUCUGGGACGCCGAGCUUCCAGAUUGAAAGAAGAAUUUUUCCAAAUUCUCUGGAGCCAGAGUCCACACUCAACCUCGCAGCGGAAGUCUGCCCUCACAGCGAAUCGGACUGCAAUUUUGAUUGGACGCAGGCCAGCCAGGCAGAAUUGGAGAAAGAAGACACCGUCUCUGAUUUAAAAAGAGAAAGAAAGAAAAAGAAAAACCCCUGAGCUUUACCUAAGGGUUUCCUCCUGCUGUUUUGGUUUUUCACGAGUCCUUUUGCAAGACCUGUUUAGCAGGUCAGAUUCUGGUGCACAUCAUGUCUGGUUUUGAAGAUGCUGACACGGAAGAGACAGUAACCUGUCUCCAGAUGACUGUUUAUCAUCCUGGCUACCAGCGAAGUGGAAUAUUCCAGUCAAUAAGAUUUUUUAACCGAGAGAAACUCUCCUCCAGUGAAGUGGUGAAAUUUGGCCGAAAUUCCAACACCUGUCAUUAUACCUUUCAGGAUAAACAGGUUUCCCGAGUUCAGUUUUCUCUGCAGCUGUUUAAAAAGUUUGGUAGCUCAGUUCUCUCUUUUGAAAUUAAAAAUGUGAGUAAGAAGGCCAGUCUGAUUGUGGACAACAAGGAGCUGGGCUACCUAAAUAAAAUGGACCUGCCAUACAAGUGCAUGGUUAGAUUUGGGGACUAUCAGUUUCUGAUAGAGAAGGAAGAUGGAGAAUCAUUAGAGUUUUUUGAGAUUCAAUUUACUUUGUCUACACAACCACUGUUGCAAGAAAACAACUGGCUACCAGAGCCCAUACCUGAGUGUGGCGGUUAUUCAUCCUCCUCUACCCAAAACAAUUCUCCUAUAGAAAUGGGUGAAAAUGAAUGGUGAACACACAGGGCUAAGAGAAUCAUGGCUGAAGAACUCUAGACACUUUAUAGAUACUUCCCUUAUUAAGAGUUUAUCAGUGUAGUAUAUUAUUGUCAUCUGUUAUGUUGUUAUGAUCUGAUGUCAUUUGAAGCCUGUCAGUUGUGUUAGUCAUUGCUUUAGGCUCUUGUUGCAUUGCUGGAUGUAUAAAGAAUUACUGUAAGUGUACUCUGUAAGCGUUAAUACAUAAAAAGUAUCCUUUGUGAUGAAGGAUUAGUGUUCUCAAAAUAAGGUUAUGUUACUUUAUUUUUAUGCUUGAUUUUGGUCCUACAUUUUGUAUUGUUUCAUUUUGAUUUGUACAGAACCAUCUCUUGGUUUGGUCAUACUAUUUCAUAACAGCCAUUUGUUUUCAAGGUCAGAGCUACAAGCAAGUUAUGGGUGUUGUAACCUGUUGGUACUUAUAGUACCAGAGUACUGGAAUAGAGCAUAGUGUGUUUUAGUGUCUGUGUGUCAUUGUGGUUUUAAUAUGGGAAGACUUACUUAAACAAUAAUAUUUUGAUUUUCUGUGUUUUUUCCCUAUAGAAUUAUGGUGUUUAUGCCAAGACUACAGUUCUCCUUGUUUAUAUUCGGCAUCUAAAAACCAGUAUUUUAAACAUUUUCAUGAACCACUGUGUUUAGGAUUAUUUUUCAUUUUUCUUACCAAAUUUUGAAUUGUUUACAUACUACAGAUUUUUAAAUUCCAUGAAUUCAAAAUUUUAACAGCAUCUGUGUACAUAAAUAAAAUCAAAGUUUAAUUCUCUAACCAUUUUCUCUGAAACUCUUACUGAAGACAGGAAAGGACUGUUUUUAGACUACUCUGAGGAAGGAAUGUAGUAGGCAACAGGCAGAGGCUCAGGCUAGGGAUUCAAACAAUCCAGCUGUGCCCCUCAUUGCAUAUUGGCUUCGUUAGUUCUUCACAUCACAUGGUGAGAACCCUUCAUGCCACCCAAAGAGAAUCCUUAUCUCCCAAUUCCAGUUCAAGGGAAAGAUUACCUUGGGUCAGGUGCCCACCCAUCUACCAGUCAACUCUCCUCAGGUCCUAUUAAAUAAUGGUGGUUUCAGCAAGUGACCAUGUAGAUAGUAAAGGCAUUUCCUCAAAAAAUGGCCACAGUGGGGUGGGGUUGAGGGCAAACAAAAAUAUCGGUGUUUGAUACAAAGUACUACAGCUAAGUUGUGGAACUUUCAAUUCAUCUCUUAAGGACUUUUUUGUCCCAAGAAGUUGAUUUUUCUUGGAUUCUUUAAAUAAAGGGGUGUGUUAAUUGGUGCCUGUGUUAGUCACAGGCAGUUUCUUUUUGAACCCGCAAGUUUACGACAAAGGGGUGCUUUACAAUGGUGAAAUCUCAUAUCCCAUAUGAUUAUAUAACCAUAUUCUAGAAGAUUCUGUUUCUACUAUCUACUUAAUGCAUUAACCUGAAGAAGCAUUACUUUUAGGCUCUAACAUGAAUGUAUUUGUUUUAAUAUGCCUUGUAGAAAAAUUAGCUAUAAUCUUACUACCAGGAGAUAAUUAUUAACACUUUGUGUUUAUAUAUUUGGUAGCUGCUUCCAUGUUAUCUCAUGGCCCUUUUUACUUUUCCAGUCCUCUAACACUUAAUUCUUUAUAGUAAUUGUUAUGUUAAAAUAACAGGUAUGGUUACUAUUUUACUUACUGGACCCUGAUUGAAACAAUUAGAGCUUCCAUUUCAGGUGAUGACCAAGGAUGAGCACUAUGAAUACUGUAGCUGGAAUUUAUGGGGCUUCUAGUUGGUACAAGUUGUCCUCAAGUUCAAUCACUCACCAUUCUACUAUUCAACCUAUAUGAAAAUAUUUAUUUGGCCUUAGUAUCUCUAACAAUGCUUUUCAGGGACACUGGUGAAGAAAAUAGGAAAGCAGUGGUAUUAGCUCCGUUGCUGAUUUCAACAUUUUGUUGCUGGUUGGAAGGUCACUGAGGGACUAGAGAGGAGCCAGUUGGCAUUGCUUACCAGCAUUUUCACAGAAUGGAAAAUUGUGAGAUGCAUGCGAAGUCAACAGCUUUCUUAAUACUGUAGUGAAAUCAUUCUCAAAAGCCAAAAUCAAGGCAGUAACAUUUUACAAAAGGAAACUUCUGAGGUUAGACAGGCCAAAUAAGGUAUGAUAGUGGAACUUCGCCUUAGGUCAAAGUGCCUUUUUACAAUAGUAUAACUUUUGAUAUCUUUAAACAAUUUUUCAAUCAUCCAAAGUUAGUUUAGACUUUUUCUAACAGCUAAGUAAAAAAAAAAAACUCCAAACUUCAAAAAAGAAAAACAAAAACCCUCAAAAACAAUUCUACUCUAAUUUCUACAGAAAGGAAGUAUGUAUAGUGUUGAGUGUAGACUCUGAAUCAUACUGCCUUGGUUUAGCUACCAUUUCCUGUAUAAUUUGUCAGUAGCUCUGAGCUUCAGUUUCCUUUUCUGAAAAACGGAUUACAUCAGGGUUUCUGUGAAAAUCCUGAGCUAAAGUAUGUAGACUCCUUACCAUGGUAUUACACAUAGUACGAUAUUUUGCAUAGGACUGAGCACAAGGCGGUCCUUAUAUUUAAUGGUCACAUAUGAAAGAUAUGUUACAGAGAUGUACUACAGAGGACAAUACUACUUACUUCUGGGUGUCAGAAAAAAAAAACCCUUUAAUUUGUAAUAUUAAUAAAAAUACUCACAUGAUAAUUUAAUAUCAUUUUCCUAAUUUCAUUUUCAGCUUUAAUAUUUCCUGAGGAUAUAAGAAUCAGAUACUGGAAAUCUGUCUUUUACAGUGAAUUCUUUUGUUAUCUC